AAAUUUUGUGCUUUUCAUCUCAGAAUUACUUUUUGGGUUUAGUUCUCGUUGGAUUUCGGGAAUCGGGUGUCAGUAGAAUUCGUGUUUCGGCGUCGAUGAUGGAGAAAGUUUGGCUUUCCUUUUGGUGUUUUGGUUGCUUGCCCUGUUUGGUCUCCAGGAAAAUCGGAUUGGGAAGUCGAGAUUCACUUGGGAGGGGAUUCGAGGACCCAAAUGCCAACGAGUCAGCAUUUCAUUCGAAUAGACACUUUCCAGUUAAAGUCUCAGAUCAAGAAGAAGAUUGGUCGGGCCAAAACAGAGAACUACCUUGAUCUCCUGUCCAGAUUUCUGAGCUCCAAACUAAGCAAGUCCGAGUUCGAUAAGCUGUGCAUUGCCACGGUCGGGAAAGAGAACAUCCAUCUUCAUAACGCUUUGCUUACAGGAAUCAUCAAGAAUAUAUGUCUUUCAAAGACACCUCCUGGUGUAGAAGCUUCUCUGGGUAAUAAGAAGGAAGUAAAUGGGUUUCAGAGAAGUAACAGUUUUCAGUCACUCUGCAAAGACCUUCCCCUAUCCCCUCGUAAAGGAAGGACUCCUAACCGCAGAAUUAAAGAUAGCAAAGGAAAGAGCCAAGUCACUGAGGUGUUUUCUUCUGGUGGAAGGCCACCAUGCUCUAUAGAAGAGGGGGAAGAGGUCGACCAGUCAACUCUGAGCCCGGGAACUCACAGUGAGAAUCGACCCAUCGAAGCUCCUCUGGGCGUUAGUUUCAGCGAAAAGAUUGCGAGACAAAGGAUGAUCUCUAGGAGAUUGCUGUCCUGUUCUCAUAUGGAGACAUGUUACAGUGUUGGUCAACUACCUGAUACUGUUUCCUUGAAGAAGAAACUGGAACAAACCUUGGGCGUGGAAGGAGUAGAAGUCUCUGUAGGCUUUACUAACUUGUUAAACAUGGGCCUCGAUGUCUUCUUGAAGAGGCUAAUCAAACCAUGUUUGGAAUUAGCGGCUUCGAGGUCCAGUCGAGGUUUAUGUUCUGGCAUGGCUGCCAGUAAUGGUCUUUGUUCAGACAGAUACUCUCAGGAAACACGUGCUUCUUUGUCUGCAUCAAUGAUGGAUUUUCAAGUGGCCAUGGAGUUAAAUCCCUCAAUUCUUGGAGAAGAUUGGCCGGCGAAACUGGAGAAGUUUCUGUUACUUGGAACAGAAGACUGAUUAGACGAUAUGGCUAACUGAUGGAGAUUCCUCCAUUGACAUCUUUAGCUUCUGCACAUAUUUUUUGUUAUUUGUGCUGGUUUUAUAUGCUUUGAAUGGAUUGGAUAGUGGCGUUUUACGAAUAGGGUAGUUGCUUCUUUGAUA